AACACCGCGCCAAACUCUCUUUCUGGUUGGCAGUUGAAAUGUCAGUUUAGGUAGCAUUAGCAGACAAGAUGUUCUUGUUUCUGCGUGAACUUUAUUGAAUGGUCAGUGAACAGAAACACCCAGACAUCGAGUAAAUUGAACCAAAGAAAUCAAAGCAAAGACUUGUGUAGUUUCAAAAACAUGGGGGCCCUAAUAUCUCGAUGGAAGGCAAAGCUAACAACAGUUGAACAGCUGGAGAACCUGGACAAGGAGAUUAAAGAGCUGGAAGAGUUUAAAACUAAAAACCAGCGUCUGCAAAAGCUAUGGGUUGGCCGUUUGCUACUUUACUCAUCUGCCCUUUACCUGUUGAUCUCCCUGAUCGUCUACUGUCUUUACCUCCCCGAGCAUUGGUUGCAGAGAAUAGCCAUGGCCCUGCCUUUCUUCAUAUACCCUGUGCUGGUGUGGUUCAUCAGAAAGUUAUUGAUUUUUCUCUUCUCCAAACGCACUGAGAGAAACAGUGAAAAACUCGAAGAUUUAAAGGCUGCCAAAAAAAAGAUUCUUGAGGAGGUGAUGGAGACAGAAACGUACAAAAAUGCCAAGCUCAUCCUGGAACGUUUUGAUCCUGAGGCUAAGAAGAAAGCUGAACUUGAGUCAACUCCAGUGCGUUCUCCGAUGACUCCCAGGCCAGGACAAGAGAUUCGGCAGAGAGGGGUGGUAAUGAGACCGAUGCCAAUGGGCACCCCGCAUGCAAUGGUCAUGACUCCUCCACCGGGAGCACGUCCCUUGCUGGGACCAGCAGGCACACCUGUGGAACGUGUUCCUCUCUCAGCUCCAGGAGGUCCACCAGACAGAUCUGCUCUGUCUGCUUCGGUCCUACAGGGCGCAGUACCGAGGACUCCCUCCUCCCCAAUGCUAGGUAUGCACCCCCCAGGUCCUCCGUUAGCUAGACCCAUCUUGCCCAAAGACAGGGGAGCUCUGGACAGAGUCAUUGAGUAUCUGGUAGGGGAUGGACCACAGAACAGAUACGCGCUGAUCUGCCAGCAGUGUUUUUCUCAUAAUGGCAUGGCUCUGAAAGAAGAGUUUGAAUAUCUAGCAUUUCGUUGCGCGUAUUGCUACUUUAUGAAUCCAGCCAGGAAGACUCGUCCUCAGGCCCCCCGACUUCCAGAGUUCAACUUUGAAAAGAGGCUGCGGGCUGAGUCACGUUCACCUGGGCCAUCACCACGUUCUGGGACAGAUACAGAGGAGAGCGCGCCACCUUCUGGAGCAAAAGCUCCAGCUCCGUGGAAUUUGGUCCACAGUUUCAAGAUCCAACAGAGACCAGAGACUCGACCUCUGCGGAGUCCAGAUGAGAAGGAGAUGGGAGAUUGUGAAGGAAUCACUAAAGAAGUAGACAGCGAGUGCCCAUUAGAGGAGCAGGAUCAGCUGCAGCAGAAGGAGGAAGAGAAAGAAGAAGAAGAAGAAGAAGAAAUUGUUCAGGAAGAGGUGGCCGAGGAUAAACCAGAGCAGAGUCGCAGCAGCCCCUGUGAGACAGGAGCUCAGCCAUCGUAGUUUCUAAGAGGCCAGAAAAGGUCCACAAGGAUGUGAUUGUUCUGUCCAGGCAGAAGGUGAUGGUAAUAGCCAGGAUAGUUAUUGAUAUUUAAAAGCAGCAUUGAUGGACAAGGAUUACCAUCAUCAUUAUUUAUAUUUAUUAGUGAAAUUGUCCAACAGUAUUGCCAAAAAUGAUGCCAACAUAUCUUGGUCAUGAGUUUGAUCCGAUGACUGGGAAGGAGUCAGAUUGAGGGUUGUAGUUUGAAUUUUAAGGCUGUUUCUCUGUUGUGUAGUUGGUUGAUUGGUGAUAUUGCUCUGUAGGUGCACUGACUAACUUAAAGUAACGAUUUACACUCUAAGGUCCUUUUAGGGUUAAUGUAGUUGGAUGCUGUAUGGUUUUGAUAAGAAAAAGUGUUUUAGAUAGAACUGCUGGUUCACACAUUGUUUUUCCUCAGAUGAAAUGACGUUAAAAAGAGGAUUACUGCUGAUUAAAAUGACUUCCUGAAGUGGGUGAGAAUGUCAGAUAGUUGUAGCGAAAGGUCAACACAAACACUCCUUAUCCAGUGUGGGAAACACUGGAUUUUCCUACACUAUCCAAACACUGACAUGCAUAACACAUGAAGUCCAUCUCAGGAUAAACCUGUUGUGAAUCAGAACAGCUUCUGUUGUGUUUACAGUAUGUGCAUACAAGUAUGCUGUUAGGUUUCAGGCUGCUGCUGCUGUGGCUUUUUCAUCUUCCAUUUUAAGUCCCUGAUCCUAUAUUUCAGGCUGACAAUAAAAAAACAUUUAUCUCUUUGGA